AUGGCAAGCUCAGAUCCUCGCCCUAAGCGGGGUGGAGAAGAUUUUACGCGCACCCAUCACGAACAAGAUGACGCCGAAGGCCCAGACAGCAAGAAACCCCGAUUCGAUAUCCGCAACCCCUCUGCGCUCGCGCCUGACACCCUCGACGAUGACCAGUUCCUAGACGCCGAUGAGAUCGGUCGAAGAGGCCAGAAAGUGCGCCGCAAAGCUGUCAACAUUGAUGGCUACGACUCAGACAGCGAGAAUGAGGGGUUCUCGGCGCGUAUCGAGGCAAAGUCGAAGCGCGAUCGCGAGAAGCAUGAUGCCGAGGACGACGAUAUGUUCGCCGAGCUUCAGGAGGACUUUGGCGAGGAAGAGAUUGACGCCGAUGAGGCAAUGCGCAAGAACAAGAAAAAUGUUCGCUUCUUGCGAGACGAUGAGAUCGAGGGCCAAGUUGCGUCUUCGAAGGGUGGAAAAGCAUUACAUGCGGACUUGAGCAAAGGCGCCGACCAGAUUGAUGUUGAGGAUGAUGAAGAGAGUGAAAGCGACGUUGGGGAGGAGGAGCGUGCCAAAGUCGACGAUGAUCUGGACGAGGAGCUCGGUGCAGGCGCGAAGAAAAAAAACGCGCCUCUACUUGAUGCAUUCAAUAUGAGCGCUGAACAGGAGGAAGGCCGAUUUGACGACCAGGGUAACUAUGUUCGCAAGGCAGUGGACCCGGAUGCUGUUUACGACUCCUGGUUGGAUGGCGUGUCCAAAAAAGAUAUCCGGAAGGCAAGAGAGGCCGCAGAGAAGCGCGACGAGGAGAGAAAGGAAAAGGAUCGCAUGGACGACAGCGUGUUGACAGCAGAUGUCCUGACGACUAUCAUUACACACCUUGAACGCGGCGAGACGAUCUUGGAAGCCCUAGCUCGACUAGGAAAAGGUCUCCAACGAAAGCCUAAAUGGCAGAACAAGAAAAAGAACAAGAAGAACAGUGAUCCGGAAGACACCGAGAUGACUGACGAAAUCCCCGACGAUGCCAACAGGAGGAGGGCAAUCGACGCUCUUACUGGUGCCGCUGACAUUCUCAUGGGCCGAGGUCAACCUGAGGUUUAUGACGCAGAGCGCGAGCUCUUGACUCGGCAAUACCGCAACGAGACGGGCGAGAACUGGGUUGAUCCACCGUCGAUACCUGGCGGUGAAGAUUCCGAACCAAGAUCUACAAUGUGGGAGUUUCGCUGGGCCGACGCUCGCGAUGGCGGUGACGCCCAUGGCCCUUACGAUAGCGCCAUGAUGGAGUCAUGGAAGAAUGCGGGCUACUUUGGCGAAGGCGUGGAAUUCCGCCGGGUCGGAGACACAGGAACGUGGAGUCAAGCAGUGAGCUUCAUGCACGACUAG